AUGGUGCAAGCUCCUGGGGAAAUGGACCUGCAGAAGAAUCUCCGUGUGCACACUCUGGGAGGAUUUCAGGUCUCCAUUGUCGUGCCAUCAGUUUUCUCAAAUAAUGAUGAAGCCCUUAUUAACAAGAAACUACCCAAAGAACUUCUGUUAAGAAUAUUUUCUUUCUUGGACAUAGUUACUUUGUGUCGAUGUGCACAAGUUUCCAAGGCAUGGAAUGUUUUAGCUCUGGAUGGAAGCAAUUGGCAAAGAAUAGACCUCUUUAACUUUCAAACGGAUAUAGAGGGUCGUGUUGUGGAAAAUAUAUCGAAAAGGUGUGGUGGGUUCCUGAGACAACUUAGUCUGAGAGGAUGUCUUGGUGUUGGAGACUCCUCUUUAAAGACCUUUGCGCAGAACUGUAGAAACAUUGAACACUUAAAUCUAAAUGGGUGCACAAAAAUCACUGACAGCACGUGUUACAGUCUUAGCAGAUUCUGUUCCAAGCUGAAACAUCUGGAUCUGACAUCUUGCGUAGCCAUCACAAACAGCUCUUUGAAAGGCUUAAGUGAGGGUUGCAGAAAUCUGGAACAUUUGAAUCUUUCCUGGUGUGAUCAGAUUACGAAGGAUGGUAUUGAAGCACUGGUGAAAGGGUGUAGUGGACUAAAAGCUCUGUUUCUUAGAGGUUGCACACAGUUAGAAGAUGAAGCAUUGAAACACAUUCAAAAUCACUGUCAUGAACUUGUAAUCCUGAAUUUGCAAUCCUGUACACAAAUUUCAGAUGAAGGCAUUGUAGAAAUCUGUAGAGGAUGUCAUAGACUUCAGUCGCUCUGUGUUUCAGGCUGUAGCAACCUUACAGAUGCUUCUCUUACAGCACUUGGUCUAAACUGUCCAAGGCUGAAGAUUUUGGAAGCUGCAAGAUGUUCACAUCUUACGGAUGCUGGGUUUACCCUUUUAGCACGGAAUUGCCACGAGCUGGAGAAGAUGGACUUGGAAGAAUGCGUUUUGAUAACUGACUGCACACUGAUACAACUUUCUAUACACUGUCCUAAGCUACAGGCAUUGAGCUUAUCUCACUGUGAAUUGAUCACCGAUGACGGGAUUCUUCAUCUGAGCAACAGUACCUGUGGUCACGAGAGGCUGCAGGUACUGGAGCUUGAUAACUGUCUUCUCAUCACUGACGUGACUCUGGAACACCUGGAGAACUGCCACAACUUGGAGAGAAUUGAGCUGUACGACUGUCAGCAAGUCACGCGAGCUGGAAUCAAACGCAUCAGAGCUCACCUACCUCACGUGAAAGUCCAUGCUUACUUCGCGCCAGUAACUCCCCCUCCUUCGGUAGGAGGGAGCGGACAGCGCCUCUGCAGAUGCUGUAUUAUUCUUUGACAGUAAGUGCAACCAGACAGAAAAGCUCGUUGUUGUUGUUGUUGUUGAAGAAAAGACCGGGACUGCAAGUCAGUGGAAGGAGUCGGGUUCCUGACAGUCCUAACGGUGGUGUUUGGUCAUCCAGUUUUGUGACAAGAAAAGCGUUUUUUUUUCCAGGUAAAAAUCUUAACGUCAUGUGCAGCUGUGGAUUAAGUUGGUGACGCUUCGGUUUGUAUUAGUAACUCCUUCCUUCUGUUGGCAUGAGAACUGAAGUGCCGUGUAAAAUGUGGGGGCAUUUCAGC